UGCAGUCAGCUUCUUUACUUGAUCAAUCUCUCUUAUUCCUGCAUGCAGGUUGAUAUUGAUGUCAUUUAUUAUAUUGGUGAUUACUGCAUCACUCUGGUCCAAAAUAAACAAAUUCCUCUGCCAGGAUAUCUGGACGCUUGGUAAAGAUGAACAAGGACACAAACCAGGUGACCGAGAUAAUGGAUAUCACCUUGAAGAUCAUCUACCUGUUGACUGGAGAGGAUUAUAUUUUUGAGAAGAUGCCCGGUGAUCAGUUAUCACACAUAAACAGUCUUUGCAGCACCCAGAGCCCCAACACUGUGCCUCCACUACAUGAGAGAAACAAUGAGCAGAAUCUCCUAGAACUAACCAACAAGAUCACUCACCUUCUGACUGGAGAGGUGUGGCAGUAUUUAGAAUGGCACAGGCAUCUUCACAAGGACGUGAUGAUAGAGACGUACCAGCCUUGUAGCUCACCGGAUGAAUCUGUGGGCAGUGAUCUACUUGAAAGUUUUCACACCACCGUUCCUUCACUGGACUGUUUAAACAAAAAGGACAGUUACAAUAUAAAUAUGGCUGCUCAUCAUAGUAAUGCUUGCAGAGCUACAAAGCCGAAAGUAAAAUGUAUUGUGAAAAAGACUGAGGAAUUGGCCUCAUCUAAAGAAGGAAAAUCUGAGGACAUCAACAUCUGUGUAAAUACAGAACAUGUGCAAAAAGAAUGCCCAGCCUCUCUAAUUAAGGUGGAAUCUGUAUCAUGUAAGGAAGGAAAUCUCACCGACCGGUAUCCAGCCACAGAACACACGCAUACAGAAUAUUAUACAGAAUCUACACAAAUUAAAAAGGACCCAGUCUCAUGUGAAGAAGGAAAUCCCACACCCACAGAACAUACACAGACUGAACUCCCAUUUUCACAUAAUAAGGAUCAGUCAUGCCAAGAGAGAAAUCACACAGACACUGACAUUUAUACACCCACAGAACGUACACAGACUGAACUCCCAUUUUCACAUAAUAAGGAUCAGUCAUGCCAAGAGAGAACUCACACAGACACUGACAUUUAUACACCCACAGAACGUACACAGACUGAACUUCCAUUUUCACAUAAUAAGGAUCAGUCAUGCCAAGAGAGAAAUCACACAGACACUGCCAUUUAUACACCCACAGAACAAACACAGUCAGAAUAUCUAUCUACUCAAAUUAAGGAGGAAUUAGCCUCAUGUGAAGAAGGAAAUCUGUCAGACACUGACCUUUAUACACCGGCAGAGCAAGCACAGACAGAUUGUUGGUUUCAUAGUCGAGAAUACAACAAAGGGGUUAUAACAAGUGAAAGAAAUAAGAUUCUGAAUGUAACCAAAUGCAGUGAUUGCAGCAUAAAUUUUAACAGUAUGUCUGUUUAUGCUGCUCACUUGAGGACACAUGCCAUGGAAAGCAUUUACCUCAGAGGCAAGCCAUUCUCAUGCACUGAGUGCAACAGAUGUUUCUAUCUAAAAACAGACCUUAUUAGACACAUGAGAACACACACUGGGGAAAAACCAUUUUUUUGCUGUAUCUGUGAAAAAACUUUUACCCGCAAAUCAGCACUCAUUAUACAUCAGAGAACACACACAGGAGAUAAGCCAUUUUUAUGUUCUGUUUGUGGGAAAUGCUUUGCUCAGAAAUCAACUCUUGUUCUGCACCAGCGAAUCCACACAGGAGAGAAACCAUUUGCCUGUUCUGUGUGUGGGAAACUCUUUGCACAGAGCUCAAACUUAUUAAAACAUAAGAAGAUUCAUACACUAGAAGACAAUGUUUUCUAACUCAAAAUGAGGAAGAUGUAAUAAUCUUUUCAGUAUCCAUCUUGGAUAGAAUCUGUUUAGAUAAGGAUUGUCAACCCUAUGGCAGAUGCCGCCAGUAGCACUUGGAGGUUUCGGGGGUGCCCUCCAAUUUUGCUUUCAUUUUGGAAGUCCAGUUAGAGACUGAUUGCACUGACAUGAAGACAAGUGAACUGAAAUGACGAUUGUAGAGAAGGAAUAGUGAGAUACAAAUAACAAAAAUUGAAUCAGAAAAGGUGGGAAGCGAAGUGUGCAGGUGGCAUGGAAAUGAAAGGCAAAAUAACUGAGAUUGAGGAAGUCCGAGGAAGUAAGGGGAGCUGAAAUAGAGGAAACAGAAUAUGGAGGGCUAGGGAAGCUGAUAGGGAAUUAUUGGAUUAGAUGAAUAUGUUAGUGGACAACCAGGGAGAAUGGUCCUUGGACAAAACCAAAAAGGACUUAAAAUCGCACUUUCAUGGUCCAAAAAUAUUUGCCCUGGGCUAGAUGUUUGGAAUCAGGACAUGUUUUUUU